AGCGAUGGCGAAUCGUUCGAAAGAGGAAGAGCUCCAUGUGCAUGGAAAGACAGUUGCUCGAAUCCUCGCCGAACACUAUGACGAUCUAGACUUCAUCGACCACGACGCGGUGAUUGCAUGCUUGCUGAGGAAACAAGUCAUCGAUCACGUCGAGCACGUCGAGAUCCAGAAAAAAUCUCAAAAGGACAAAAUACUGUUCAUUCAGGAAAAACUGCCCCAGAAGGGAGACACGGCAUUCCAGAAAUUCUUGGAGUGUCUGGAAGAGAAAGGUCAAAGAGACCUUGCCGGGAAAUUUCGUCAGGAGAUCAUGGACUCAUCUAAUGGUGACCGGAAAGGCACAAUUCAUCGCUCAUCCUCAGCCUCUAAUAUUUCUUGUCACUCUUCAGGAGAGAGAAGAUUGCGGGAGGACGAAGAUCCUCGCAUGCUGGGAAACGGAGAGACAGUCGCCACCCCGAGUGCUGUCGAACGGAUGGAAGAACUGCAGCGGAAGCUGUUGGCCGCCGAAGAGAGGGCGAAUCGCCUCGAGGAGCAGCUCAAGAGGGAGCAAACUACGCACGAAGAGACGAAGCGAAAGCACCACACGAUCGAGGUAGAACUCGAGAGAAGUAGAAAUCAGAUUCCCCCUUGCCGUGCUAAGCUCUGCUCGCAGGAUGAUCUGAUCACCUACAUCGAGAAGAACAAGGACAUCGAGGAGAAAAAAAUUCUUUUCAUCCACGUCUAUUCCCACAAGAGCGUGAGCGCGGCAGACGUUGCGAACAUGGAGAAGAGGAUUGCGGAAAAAACGAGUCGUACAAAUUUCCUGGACGCGGAUCUGGAAGCAGCCUGGUCGACGGAAUUCUUCGGGGACGAGAGUCAAAGGGGAAGGAGCGAUUACUGGAUUAUUGGAUUAUCGCGAACGCGAGCGGAUCUGGACGCGAUUCGCGGACGUUUGGCGAAAGUGGGGAAGAUCCGAAAUGUUUCUAGUUGGAGCGAGUUGACCCAU